AUGAGUACUGCGCCUGUCGAGGUGCAGCUACAGUACCAAGAUGCGCUUCCGUACUAUGACCAGGAACUGGACACUAUUCCGAAUAUGCGAUCUUCGGUCGAGCAGCUAAUUGCACAGGAAAAGGCGACGCUUGCAUACGAUCCUCUCUCGCUGCUUGGCGCUCCAUACCAAGUGUUUACGGUAUGUAUGCGCAAAGAGUGCUUACAACAGGAAUUGCCUCAACUUGCAGCGGAAUUAGAACGUGCAGAGCGUGGAGAAAAGCUCAACGUAUUGGACGCCGAUCGAUACCAGCUCCCUGAGCCCGCUGAAGGAUUGCAAGCGUCGGAAGAAGCGUGGGACGCGAGUCUACGGAAUGCGUCGGUGCAACUUGCGUACAUGGAUGGGCGCGUAAAGAACAUUGAAUUGCUGCGCCGCUACGGAGCAAAUGCCUGGCGGCUUUACAAUUACAACCAGGAAGCGAUACUCGGCUUGGAGUCACAAGCACUGGAUGCAGAGCGCGAAGAGGUAGAAGAAGUUAACCGCGCGCGCAAAGACGCACAGAUCAAGACCGGCGAUGCGCUUUCUACGUACGAGUCGCGAUGGGCCGCGCUCGUUUCCCAAAAUCUUUCGCUGCGCGUGGCGAACCUCACAGCGAAGGCAGAGACUGCUGAGUAUACCCGACGCGCCGAACAACUACAGAAAGAACUGGAAGCAAUGGAUGCGACAUCGUAG